CUACAAACGGAGCGGGAGGUUGUAUUUUCGCUUUCCUGGGGUUUACAUACAGUGACCUCCAAGCCAUAAAAGAAAGCAACUGAUCUUGUUGGUCCUUGGGAAUGGCGACUGGUGGAUUUGGCCGGGGAGGGAGAGGGGCGGCCCUCGCACAGGCACUACAACAGCCAACCAGAAAACCAGGACAGAGCGACUCUGAAGGGGAACACGCCCAGAAAGAGGCCCCUGGAGCUGUGACCAUUCUGUCCGCAACAGUUAGUGCACCACAAGGCCCUGUCCCUACUGGUAGAGGUUUUGGGAGAGGUGCACUUCUGGCAGGGCUCUUACAGAAGUCAACACCAGCUGCAGAGAUACUAAGCCCACAACCAUCCCCGCAGCAGACAGUAGAACCACCAAGGCAUGUGCCACAAGUUGUUGCUGCAGGGUCUGCCCCACAGCCUGAAGUCAGGCUUCCUGCUGGACGUGGAUUUGCAGCUCUUAGGGCAGCGUUGGGGAUAACUGGUGAGGUGCCAUCUGCAAUGGCUGCACCAUCCACUACCCCUCAGGCCCACCCAACUGGUGCUCAGAUACUGACUGCAGCAGCUGCUCAGGAGGUGCCACGACAGCCCUCUGCAACACCACCAACAAGAGGGAUGAGAGAUCUAAACAUUCACGACAAGCCAACUGUUAGCCGUUCAGGAUCUUCUGGAAAGCUUAUGCAGUUGUCUGCCAAUUACGUGAGGGUGAAGUGCAAAAACAGACAUGUAUAUCAGUACCAUGUUGAUUUCCAGCCUGAAAUUGACAGUAAAAGUAUGCGCUUUCGUUUGUUGGCUGAGUUUCGAGAAUUGAUUGGACCAACAAAAGCUUUUGAUGGAUUCAUCCUGUAUCUUCCCAAAGAAUUAGAACAACAGGAGACUAUCCUUCAUACUAAAACUACAGAUGGGACAAAUGUCACUCUUCGAAUAAGAAAGACUAAAUUACUGAAGCCUGAGAGUUGUGAUCAGUUAUACAAUAGCAUAUUCAGAAGAAUAAUGCACAUUUUACAGAUGUGUCAAGUGGGCCGUUACUACUACAACCCAAAUACCCCAACAGAAAUCCCCCAGCACAAGUUGGAGGUGUGGCCAGGUUAUAUCACAGCCAUCAGGGAACAUGAAGGAGGACUAUUACUUUUGGCUGAUGCUUCCCACAGGGUUCUGAGAACUGAUACAGUCUGGGAGUGUAUGAGGAACAUUUCUCGAAGGAGUUCACAGAAUUUCCAGGACCAAGUCACUCGUGUCUUGGUUGGGAUCGUGCUGACACGUUACAAUAACAAGACAUACCGUGUGGAUGAUAUUGUUUGGGACAAGAACCCACAGCACUCAUUUGAAUGCUCUAGCACUGGACAGAGUAUGACCUUCAUUGAAUACUAUAGGAAGAACUAUAACAAGGAAAUCCAGGACCCUCAGCAACCGUUACUGCUACAUCGACCCAAAAAGAGGAAUCUGCCAGGGGGAGAUCGGAGGGAAGGAGGGACUGAGGUGAUAUGUCUAAUACCUGAACUUUGUUAUAUGACUGGACUUACAGAUGAAAUCAGACAAGACUUCAGAGUGAUGAAGGACAUUGCUACCCAUACCAGGGUCACACCUAUGCAGAGGCAGGAAGCUCUCAGGAAGUUUGUGAAUAGUGUUUCUCAGAAUUCAGAAUGUUUGAAGCAGUUAGAGGGCUGGGGACUGGAGCUUGAGAAAGACACUAUUCCUCUUGAUGGUAGAAAUUUACCACCGGAAAAGGUUAUCUUCCAUGAUACCUCAGUGCCUGCUGGACCUGAAGCAGAUUGGGGUCGCAAAGCUACAAGCACACCUGUCAUAUCUGCUGUGGCAUUGAAAAACUGGACCGUGGCUUAUACAAGGAGAGACCAGAGUAAAGCUCAAGAAUACAUUCUGAUGAUGUCCAGAGUUUGUCCUGCUAUGGGAAUUGAAGUGCAUCAUCCACAAUGUCUGGAACUACGGGAUGACCGCACAGACACUUUAAUUCGCAGCCUGAGAGAUCACAUUACUCAAAAGACGCAGAUGGUUGUGAUUGUUUGCCCAACAAGCCGUGAUGAUCGUUACAGUGCCAUUAAAAAGCUGUGCUGUGUGGAAUGUCCAGUUCCCUCCCAGGUCAUAAUUGCUAAAACCAUAAGCCAGAAACAGAAAUUGCGCAGUGUGACUCAAAAGAUUGCGCUGCAGAUCAACUGUAUUGGAGGAGAACUCUGGGCCAUGUCAAUACCUUUGGAGGACCUGAUGGUUGUGGGUAUUGACACAUUCCACCAGCAGGGCCAGAGGUCUGUGGGUGGCUUUGUGGCGAGUACAAACAAACACAUCACUCGUUGGUACAGCAGAGUGUGCUUCCAGAGCCAGGGCCAGGAGCUGAUUGAUGUGAAGAUGUGCCUCACUGCCGCCCUCAGAAAGUACCAUGAGAUAAGACAUGGACUGCCGCAGAAGAUAGUUGUGUUCCGAGAUGGUGUUGGUGAUGGACAGUUGAACGUUGUGGCUGACUUUGAAGUGAAGCAGAUUCAGGAUUGUUUUAAAGUCUUUGGUGAAAGUUACCAGCCAAAACUAUCCGUGGUUGUGGUACAGAAAAGAAUCAACACUAGGAUCUUCAUGAGAACACCUGAUAAUAAACUGGGGAACCCUUAUCCAGGAACUGUCGUUGACCACACCAUCACAAGGAAGGAAUGGUAUGACUUCUUCCUUGUAAGCCAGCAUGUCAGACAGGGCACAGUGUCACCCACCCACUACAUUGUAGUCCACGACUCCUCAGGCAUGAACCCUGACCACAUGCAACGCCUCACCUACAAGAUGACUCACUUGUACUACAAUUGGCCAGGAACUGUGCGAGUCCCUGCUCCAUGCCAGUAUGCGCACAAGCUGGCUUAUUUGGUUGGACAGAACAUUGGCAAGGAACCACACAUUGACCUGGCAAACAGACUGUUCUUCCUCUAAAAGGAUCAGCUCAUUAGUUCAUGUAUAUCAUUCAUUGUACAGCAUUUCCAUCUAUGCUCUUCUGUUGAUCCUAUUUUACUGAUCACAUGUAUGUGAGAAGUCUCUUUGGUACUGCUGGCCAGUGUAUUGAACUACACAUAAUGCCAGUGUUUAAUUCCUCUCAAAGAACUCAAGACUUUACUGAAAAGUAUUUAAAAUGGUCGCAGUUUUGCCAUGUUUGUUUAAUACACAUAUGAUGAUGGCAUAUAGUGCAGAUUUGGUAGACAUUGUUAUGUUUAUGUUAAUGUUACCAUGAAGCCAUAUUGAUUGACACUAUCAAAACAGUUUUCAUGUUACUGACACAGGUGUCCUGAAGCUAAACCAGAUUGUCUCUCAGAAAAUCUAUAAUGGAGGAACAGGAAUUCCUAAAAUCUGAUUAUUCAUCUUUAUGGCUAUCCCUUACAGGUUAAACCUUAACUUGAAUAUGUGGAGUGGAUAUGGUUGAUGUAUGCGUGUAGUUUUCUUUUCUCUUUGAUGUAGCAAGUCUUUCCCAUUAUGAUCUUCAGAGCAGAGAUUAUUUGUUUACUUACAUAAUUAUAUAAAAUAACUUUUUUGCUGAAGUUAGCCAAAUAUUGUCUGUCUAGUUGACAUGCAGAUAAAGUUUCUGGAACAUUUUGGCUCUAGGUAUCUUCCACUGUACUUCAGUUAUGUUUGAUUGGCAAAAUAUUUGCCUGCAUAUCUUUGGACUAUUUUUGAAAUACAGAAUCUAUUUUCUGUGAGAUAAUCAUGCAAUGUGUAAAUGUCCCAGGGCUGUUGCCUGUGCUGGCAAUUUAUGCGUAUGAGGGUGUUGUCAUCAUGGAUAUAUUUCAUUUUCAACUACAUUUACCUAAUAGAUAUGUUUUUCUUAAGUUAAAUGAAAACCUAAGUAGAACUCUAAUUUAUUGUAAAUAUUUAUCCUUGUGCCAGUAGAUUUUAGUUUAAUUUCUUAAAAUUCCAGAAUUCAGUUGAUGAUUUUAAAAUUCUAGAAUUCAAUUGAUGUUUUUAGAAUUCUGGAAUUCAGUUGAUGUUUUAACUUCAUCUUGAACUACAAUUUAGGAAUUAUAUGAUUUUAAGCGUUGCCUUGUUGUGAGAUUUUCAGGGGUGUCUUAAGAUGUAUUUUAAAAAGAUUAAUAUUUCACCUACUGUAUCUUACCAUAAUUAUAAAUCAUGUUGAGUUUUGCCCUGGGCUGAGUUUGUUCAAUAUUAGUUGCAGAGAUGACAUUAGUGUUUGACUGCCAAAUAUACACCAAUUCUCAAUGCAACCCUUUAGAACACUACAGUUAGUCUUGUAAAUCAUUCUGCCUGUUUGCUUGGUAACUUGUUUGACAUUUGCACAAUAAUCAGCCAGAAAAUAGUUUUACAAAAGAACAUACACAUGUGUAAGCAAUUAAUACUGAGAUAUCCGAAGAUCAGACUGGCAGGACAUACACGUAGCAGGAACAGUCUACCUUCUCUGCCAUACAUGUAGUGGGAACAGUCUAUAUCACUUUCUACCUUCUCUGCCAUACAGGUAGCAGGAACAGUCUAUAUCAAGUUCAGCCUUCUCUGCAAUACACAUAGCAGGAACAGUCUAUAUCACUUUCUACCUUCUCUGCAAUACACAUAGCAGGAACAGUCGAUAUC